AGUGGGCAACGUGUGGCUCUCUGGAUCAUGCCAGACUACAACUCCCAUCUUUGCUCUGUAUGGUUUGGCAAUGAUGGGUGUUGCAGUCCAGUGAUAUAGGGUCAUUUUGCCUAGUUUUUGUACUAAAAGUGGAGUGAGGCUGUACCUUGACAGCAAAGCAAUUGGUUUUUUUUUCAAUUUAAAGAUUUCAAGCAGGGCAUCUACACUGUAGAAUUAAUGCAGUUUAAGAUCACUUUCACUGCUACAGCUAUGUAACCAUGGGGAUUGUAGUUUUACGAAGUCUUCUUGCCUUUUAUGCCAAAGAGGACUGGUGCCUCAGCAAACUAUAAAUCCUGAGAUUCCAUACCAUUGAAAAGUGAAACUGGUGUCAAAGUGUAUUAAUUCUACAGUGUAAUGCGCCCAGGACCAGUCCCUGCAUUUCCCAGUUCUGUUGGGAAAUGGACCAACUCAGUAUAAUGCACCUUAUUAUGUUCCAGCCCAAGUUAAACAUGCUUAAAUCCUAUUUAAGUUCAGACUUGGGUCUGUGCUUGACUCUUCCUGAGUUAAACAGGUCUAAAUCCUGUUGAUUUAAGUGGAAACUUAAUCCAAUGCUGAACUCUUCCCUACUGAAAAUGACAGGGCUUUGUUGUAGCCGGAUUGCUCCUUUAAAACUGAGCAAACAACAAAACUCCUCCUGCACCACGGUUGUGAAAGGAACAAUACAACAACAACAAAUGUUUCCCCAAAGAAUAAAGAGGCUGGGAGGGAAGUCUUAACUAGUUCACCAGGCCAGUCUGUGUAGAUUUAGCACAUCUGGACUUCAUGGGUUUGGAUCUAGAUUUGAGCCUGUUUAGAGGAGACUCACUGCAACCAACAGAACAAAUGGUAAGAAGAAUCCAUGCAUACUCUCCAAUUAUUACAGUUCAAUCCUGUAACUGCCAUGACUGCAUCCUAUCCAACUGUGUGAUUUGUAAUUUGGGCAAGGAUUCAGAAUUCUCUCCCCUGAACUAUAUGUCCUAAAAUACUCUGAGUGCAUGUCUUUUGUUGUUGUGUGCCUUCAGGUAAUUUGAAUGUACGGAUCCCUCCUUGUUUGGGGGAAAAAGCGAUCUACCCAAAUGCAAUAAAUAUGUUGGGACCAUUUCCGUUCUGCUUCUUGCUUUUAUAACCUCACACCCCCAGCUAAACAAAAAAUCCCACUGGAAACAAAUUUAUAUAUAUUGGAUGGCUAAAAUUCAAACUUUCAUAAUUUUUUAGGUAAAUUGCCUAAAUUUUGGAUAUACUUCUGCAAGAAAACUUGAAUCCGUCAGAUUGAAAUGUGCUCUCUACACAAAUGGAGCUUCCAAAAGUAAUGCAUGUUUGCUUCUCUCAAAUACAGUAAUAUGCCGCUACGGUAGCCAAGCAAGAUCUUUCUGGGCCAACUGGAGGCGCAAUGGUCCCCCUGUGCUGGUGCUGCCCGUCGGCACCUGCCCCAGCUGUGGCGGCCAUGAGCGGCGCGGCCACCCCUUCCUACCACUUCAAGAGUUUCUGCGGGGAGUUUGAGCGGGUGGAAAGUGCCCUGGAACGCUUGGAGGCCAGUGGAUAUUACUGGGGCAGCUUGUCGGGAGCUGAAGCCAAGCGGCUCUUAACCUCUCAGCUGCCUGGGGUCUUCCUGGUGCGGGACUCUUCUGACCACCACCACCUCUUUACCCUGAGCGUCCGCACCACCACGGGCAUCACCAACCUGCGCAUCCAGCAACAGGGCUCAGCCUUCCACCUGGAGGCCCUGCCGGGGGCUGGCCAUCCUCCCGCUUUCUGCUGCGUGGUCCAGUUGGUAGAACAUUACCUCUGCCUGGGGGCCGUCGAUGGAGGGCCCUGCUACCUGGAGAGGGAGGGACAACUGCCCGUGCCUUUGGCCCUCACUCAGCCGCUCCGGUGCAAGGUGCCCACACUCCAGGAGUUGUGCCGCCGGGCCGUGCGAACCAGUGUGCAGGGCAGAGGGGACCUCAGGGCUCGCUUGCAAGGGCUACCGGUACCCCAGGGAUUGUUGAACUCAUUAUGCAGCUGAAAAGGACAAAAAAGGUUAUCAGAGGGGACCGACAAGGAGGCCUCUGUUAAGGCCUGGAAAUGCAGGUGGAGUCUUUCCUUCCAAACAUUCUCUGCACAAUACAAGGACAGGACUGGCAGCCCACAGUGUAUUGUUGAGGAUAUCCUAUUGUUUUUCAUAGAAUAAAGCAACUGGGAUAUUCUGAA